AUGUUCGCAAGAACACCGUUAGAUAUGUCUGGUGUACCCAGGAAGGUGAUUGAGCACCACCUAGCAGUGUUCCCAGGAGCGCGCCCGGUGAAGCAGAAGGUGUGGCGUCAAGCGCGGCAGAAGCAGCAAUUCAUCGUCGAGGAGGUGGAGAAGCUUAAGAAGGCCCAGCUCAUCGAGUCCGUCGCUCACGCUGAGUGGCUGGCCAACCCUGUCGUUGUGCCCAAGCCAGCGGGAGGAGGACACCUCUGCAUCGACUUCAUGGACCUCAACAAGGCCUCCCCCCAAGGAUCCAUAUCCACUACCGCGCAUCGACGAGAUUGCUAUCAUCGGGUCAAGAUGGCCAAGGAGGAUGCCGAGAAGAUAGCGUUCACCACCCCGUGCGGCAUCUACUGCUACACCGGCAUGCCCUUCGGCCUCAAGAAUGCCGGAGCCACCUUCCAGAGGCUGAUCCGCAUCGCUCUCGGUGAGCAGAUGGGCCGGAACGCAGAGGCCUACGUCGACGACAUCGUGGUCAAGACUCGCAAGGGGGACACUCUCAUAGAGGACCAUCGCGAGACAUUCACCAACCUCCGCAAAGUCAACAUCAAGCUCAACCCCGCAAAGUGCGUCUUCGGCGUACCUUCGGGUAAGCUCCUAGGUUUCCUCGUGUCGCACCGCGGCAUUGAGGCUAACCCCAACAAGAUCCGCGCCAUCGAGGAAAUGAAGUCGCCGCGGAAGCUCAAGGACAUUCAGCGCCUCACGGGGUGCCUCACGGCACUCGGACGCUUCAUCGCUCGCCUUGGUGAGAAAGCCCUGCCUUUCUUCAAACUCAUGAAGAAGACAGGCGAGUUCAAGUGGACCCCAGAAGCAGACGAGGCAUUCGCGGCACUCAAGCGGUACCUCACCAGUCCCCCGGUCAUGGUGGUGCCGCGAACCCACGAGCCUCUGCUACUGUACCUGGCGGCCACACCACGCACGGAAAGUGCGGUCCUGCUGGCGGAACGGCAAGGGCCACCCCUCAAGAAGAAGGCAUCCAAGUCCAAGCCCAAGCCCCAGGACCUCUCCGAGGAAGGUACGUCCCCUGACAGUGUGCUGGAAGUGUUGCUGGGUGACCUCGAUGGACCUACAGGGGAGCCGACCCUCGCGGAGGCUCUCCAGCCUUCCCCGGAGGAAACCUCGGCCUCCCGGUUCGUCCAGCACCCGGUCUACUUCGUCAGCACGGUGUUGCGCAACGCUCGCGAACGGUACACCCAGCAGCAGAAGCUCCUCUACACGCUCCUCAUAGCGUCACGGAAGCUCCGACCCUCCUUCCAAGCACAUCCGAUCAGGGUCAUCACCAAGUACCCGCUGGAGACCGUGCUACGCAACCCCAACGCGACGGGGCGAGUAGCGGAGUGGGCCAUCGAACUGCAGCCGUUUGAGCUCACGUUUGACACCACUCCCACCAAGAAGAGCCGAGCCCUCACCGAGUUCACCGCAGAAUGGACCGAUGCAUCCCCCGACGAUGGGGAAGCGGAGGAAGAAACCCAGCAGCCGGGUAAGCUCAGCCCGGGGCUCUGGUCCAUGACCUUCGACAGCGCCUUCAACGAGCACGGGGCUGGAUCCGCAGCCAUACUCACCUCCUCGAUGGGUGACAAGCUGCGCUACGCGGUCCAGCUCCGCUUCAAGGACACCGACAAGUGCUCCAACAACAUCGCCAAAUACGAGGGCCUACUCGCCGGUCUCAGGGCCGCAGUAGCCCUCGGCGUCAAGCGCCUCAUCGUGCAAGGAGACUCUCAGCUCCUUGUCCACUUCUCCAACAAGGUCUACAAGCCGAAGGACGACCACAUGAUAGCCUACCUCGAGGAGGUGCGACGCAUGGAAAAGCACUUCCUCGGGUUAGGGCUAACCUUCGCUCACCGCGGCGACAACAAGGAAGCCGACGAGACUGCUAGGCGGCCGUCUCGCGGAGAAGCUCAGCGCCCAGGUGUCUUCGAGGAGAGGUUGUUCCAACCCUCCACGAGGCCUCCAUCCGCGUCUCAGAAGGACCUCCCCGAGGAUCUCCCACCUCCGCCUACCACUGGGGCUCCCGACUGCGGCCCACCCUCAGGCAACCGUCUUGUCGUGGCCAUCGCUCCCCAGGAGGUAGGGUGGAUCAACGAAAUCCAGGAAUACCUCAAGGGAGGCCUCCCUCCAGAGAACGACGACGCGGCGGCCGAAUGCCUGGUACGGCACGCCAAGAACUACUACCUUAUCGACGGGGAGCUCUACUGUAGGCGCCCCAACGGGGUCGCCCUGUGCUGCAUCCCCCUCGAGGAGGGCAAGAAGCUCAUCGACGACAUUCACGCUGGAGAGUGCAGCCACCACUCCUCCGCGCGAACUCUUGCUGGGAAGGCGUUCCGCAGCGGCUUCUACUGGCCCACGGCCCUCGACGACGCCAUCGAGAUCGUCAAGUCCUGCGAAGCAUGCCAGUUCCACACCAAGCAGAUCCAUCAACCGGCGCAAGGGCUUCAAACCAUUCCACUCUCAUGGCCGUUCGCGGUCUGGGGGCUGGACAUCCUUGGGCCGUUCCCACGUGCGCUCGGGGGCUACCGGUUCCUCUUCGUCGCCGUCGACAAGUUCACCAAGUGGGUGGAGGUGCAAGCUGUGCGGACCAUUCCUGCCAGGUCCGCGGUGAAGUUCAUCAAGGGCUUGGUCUGCCGCUUCGGCAUCCCCAACCGCAUCAUCACGGACAAUGGCAGCCAAUUCACCAGUGGGCUCUUCAAGUCCUAUUGCGCUGACAUUGGCACCAAGAUCUGCUACGCCUCCAUCACCCACCCCUGA